CGCACCCAACAGCUUCUGAAUGGUAGAGAGGACGCACGCUGGUAUACUUCAAGGCGGAUAUGAGGACUGCCACAUUUAGACUAUAAUAUCAUAUACCUAUGGACAUCUUGAAACGCUAGAAUGCCUCAGACUGGCACGCCUCCUACGCAAGGGGCCGAUGGUUUGGCUAGUGGUGUGAAUUUGAACGGAGACACAAAGAACGGUACGGGUAUUGCCAGUUCAGCCCAGGAGUCCACUAAAAGACUGUCACAGAAUUCUCCGCGCCCAUAUGCAAGUUUAGAGAGAUAUGGUAACACUUCUAAUAAGAAUGAUUUCCAACUGAGUUCUGUUGAUAAUAAUUAUGCGACAUUCCCUCGAGAGGGCUCGGAACGGUCAGAGUUUAGUGCUGGGGGUAAUGUUAUUUCGUACCAAAGACACGGAGAACCCGCGGGGGUAAAUGGCGACAACAGUGGUUUCUUCGGUGGAAGUAAAGUUAGCAUGGUGGAUUAUAACGCACCCAUGUAUACCUCAAUGCAAUCAAGCGAUCGUCCAUCUGGACCACCUGGAAGUGUACAGCCUACAUCUAUGAAUGUACAAACCGGCCCAGUGAAGACCUCUGAGGCACGCGUAGGGGUCUCUGCGGUAUCUGAGAACAUAAAAACCUCCGACAUAUCCAGCCCGGAGUUUGCAUGUGUUCGUCGGAAGUCAGCAACACAGCCCAAUAUACUUACACCGUCCAAAGACCUUGUUAACUCGACAGAAUCGAAUUUCGCAAAACCAAAUACUGUGCCUGUACUCAACACGACGCCAUCACUAAACCACGUGCCAGCCAUGAAUGAGACAGCACAAAAACAGUUCAAUGUAAAAUCUGGGGCGACAGUGCUCAACAAGAGUGACCGAGGGCCGACUCAAAAUGGGACUGAAAUCAAUAGAACGCCUAACACACCCGCGCAAUCGAGUAUAGGUGGGUACAUGCUGACAGUUCAGUUUACGAUUUGUUGCUACCAAUCCUGA